AUGCCCAAGGAGGGUAAGCCCGCGCAGGAAGGCGCACAGGCGCUGCUGGAUCUCCAAGACGAAGGCAAGGAUCCUCGCAAUGUCAAGGAUGACAAAAAGACGAGCGAUGGCAACAAUACCAAGGACGACGUGGGCGAGGAGACCGUCGAGGGCGCUCUGAUGCAUCUGGUGCGAUUCACUCAGGACGAGGAGAAACGCGAAAAGGAGAAGCCCGGUGUUGGUGUCGGUAACAACGGAGGAGCUCCUGCAGGCCAGCAACAACAGCAGCAGCAACAGCAGCAGCAGCAGUACGAAGACAUUGCUCAUUAUGGGGAAUUUCUCAACGACAAUUCUGACACGCCAUGGAACCAGAACCUGUUUUCGGAGCAGUUUGCCGUCGCAGCUGCCACUGCUGCCGGCGAGGGAGACUUCCAGGAAAAAUUCAACAAGGAAUUCAGCAAGGAGUUCAACAAGGAGUUCAGCAAGGACGAGUUCAACGAGAUGGUGGCUGCUGCCGCUGUCGAGAUUGGAUCUGGAGGCGCUCCCCAGCCUGGCGCAGGUACAGAAUCAGACGCACAGGCUCACGGACGGAAACGAAAACGUCAAAAGACGUCGCUCAACCCCAAACAGGACCUGAACGUGGAUCCUGUGCUCGAGGGACUCGGAGAGGCCGUCAAGGGAGGAGACAAUCUGCUCCUGAUGGACGAUUUCCGACGAACAGCAGGAGUUCCAGGUCACCCCCACGACCACCCUGUCACGUCACGUGACUACAUCAUGCCUCCCGAGUCUAUGGUCGCGAUGCGAAACACCAGCAACGCUCCCAAGGUUGCAGCCUCGAAACGCCCUAAUUGGACAGGUGACGGUUCGGAGUCUGGAGGAGCAUUUACUCCCGAGGAGAUCGAGAAGCUCGAAGAGUAUAUUGAGGGCUACUGCCAAUCCCAUGUGUGGGAUCGAGAAAUGCUUUGCCAGCGAGUGUGGUCCAACGAGCGCAAAAAGGACCAUUUCUGGGACUCCAUGGCCGGUGUGUUACCCCAUCGAACACGUGCUUCUGUAUAUAAACACGUUCGACGAGCAUAUCACGUGUACGAGACGCGGGCAAAAUGGACUCCUGACCAGGAUAAGCGGCUGGGAGACCUGGUGGGUGAAAUUGGACCUUGCUGGAAGGACAUUGGACAGGUUCUCAACCGAAUGCCUGAGGAUUGUCGAGAUCGGUGGCGAAACUACGUCAAAUGCGGUAACAACCGAGCCUCUCAUAAAUGGACUGCCUCUGAGGAAAACAGACUUUACGAGAUUGUUCGUGAUAUGCUGAGUGCCCAGGGAGAAGUUGGCGGUAACAUCAACUGGACUGCUGUUUCCGAACGCAUGAACGGAACUCGGUCUCGAAUUCAGUGUCGUUACAAAUGGAAGAAGCUGAGCAAACGGGGUCCCAACCAUCAUGCUGCUCUGACAAUGACCACUACCGACCACCAGGUGUUCCUCAAGCAUCUGGAUGUCAAUGAUUACGCCUCCGAGGAGCAGAUUGACUGGCAAACGAUCGCUGCCAUGGACUCUCGAAACCUAUGGGCUGCCAGUGAUCUUCAGGAGGCUCUGGAGCGACUCAAAAAGGAUGUGCCCGACUGGGACUCGCGAAGUUUCAGGGAAAACAUCCAGUUGCUGGCCAAACGGGCUGCGGACGGCGAGAACUUGGGCCAGGCGCAGCUGCCAGGCCAACCGCAACAACUGCCGGGAGCAGCGAUGGCCGGGGCUUCGAUGCAGGGACAGCCCCUGCAAGGUCAGCCAAUGGCAGGCCAGCCGUUACCGGGCCAACCACCUCAUGGUGGACACGGUCACGACGAAGCGACCGGUAUCAAAAAAGAUAAUAGCAAGGAGUACGAGAUGCCGUCGUUCAACUGGCACCAAUUGGCCGACGCGCAGAUCAGUUAG